UCACGAAUCACGAUUAAAGAUACUAUUACUAUUUACUAUUAAAAUUAUUAAAUAUUAAUUAUUAAAUAAGUAAAAAAUUAGCAAACUAUAAAUUUUCAUUUAGUUCUAUUCAAUUGAUUUAACAUAUACAUUUAAUUUUUACUACUGCCCGUCUACGUAAUUUAUUUCAAAAUGACAGAAAACAAAGAAACCAAAGAAACAAAAUUUAAAGAAUUGGUAUCCUACAGUGAACCAGCCCUUCGUAAUAAUUCAUCAGUUGUUGAAUACUGUCGUACUUCAAUGUCUGCCUUAUCUGGGUGUACUGCUGGCAUUCUCGGUUUAACUGGACUAUCUGGAUUUGUAUUCUACAUAUUUUCCGUUUUAGCGUUAUGGGGUUUGUUAUUGUUCAAAGCAGGAAACUUGUGGCAAAAAUAUUUCCUCAACAGACAUAGUCUAUUAACAGGAGGAUUUUUCAGUGGACUUUUUACAUAUGUAUUAUUUUGGACAUUUUUAUAUGGUAUGGUACAUGUUUAUUAAUUUAUUUUUCUUAUGUAUUCUUAUGAUUUUUUUUUUAAAGUCUGUAAUAUAUUAUAUAUCUUAGAUGUAUUAUGCUAUGGAAAUAAAUAAUAAAAACAAAUUGUUUUAUAAGGUAUUAUAAUAA